AUGGCCCCUAAACGAAAGCGACACAAUCCCUCUGAGAAUCAAGGUCUUCAAGCUGGCGAGAGACUCAAGCGGAACGCAAAAGCCGGACAUGAAUACCAUGCCUGGAGCUGGGUGGGCACCGAGGUCACGGAAGCCGCGGACAUCACCCAAGAACAUGUUAUGGCCGCUUGCUCUCUCUCCCCGCAGAGAGGGACCAGGUUCUGUCCAAACAAGUAUGCCCGACCGCUGAAGCGCGAUAACAGCCUUGAGGACAAUGACAACAAGGAUUCUCCUUCAGCACAAGGAGUGGAGGUCGACGAUGUUGUUGUCGUAUGCGAUGAGGAGCAAUCCGAAUGCGUGACCAAGCAGAAAAACUGCAGGCACAAUCCUUUCUGUUUGAACUAUCUGGGACAGGAGAAGUGGGAGAACGAAGCCACAGCCAGGAAGUUGUAUAUGAAGAACUGUCGCCUUGGAGAAGAUCCUAGGCUCCAGUGCCGGAGUGGAUCAUUACCUGUGGGCUUAAGGAUAGAAUCUUGGGGCUACGUGCUACGUCAAUGCAUACCUCCAGGCGAGUCUUUCCGUGGACAAUCAAGGUAUUGCGAACUGAUGUCCUUCAAGGUUUGGUUCCAGGACCCAGCAUUCCGACGAGCGGUAUUCCUCAGCCGACCCACGUGUAGCAAGGUCAACUUGGAGGGCUCCCCACUCUUUCAACUCCAAGUGACAUUUGCUGCUCUACAAGAAAGCAAACUCGCCGUCUUCGACCCUGUGAAGCUGGUGAAGGUCCUCGGAUUGGACGAAGAAGAGCAGCAGGACUCUCAAGAAUUCGCGAAGUUGUUCCUGACACACUUGGAACAGGAGUUCAACCAACAACAGGGAAUACCGAUAAUACGCUCCCUGAUUGCGGAUCAGGUUCUUCCAAACAUCCAACAUGCAUUCACAAAAGCGCCUGAGACCUUUCAGUUUCAAGGGAACCAGAUAGACUCCAUAACCUGUGAAGCUUGCCAACAUCGCUCUGAACAGGGCUCCGCCUUCCUCGAGUUGCCAAUCGUUCUAGAGGUGGGAUUCCCUGAUUCAAAGUUGGAGGAUCGAAUCGCAAUUCUCCUCGCCUCAGAAGUCAUGACAGACGACAACAGAUAUGCAUGUCCUCAGUGCGGUAUACCUCAAAAAGCUGUCCGUCGUAGCGAAUUAAGCAAGCUGCCACCGGUUCUUCAUUUCUCGAUCAUGCGCUUCGUCUACGACGCGGAGACUGGGAGGAAGAAAAGCAAACAUCGCAUAUCUUUCCCGAUGACUUUGGAUAUGAGCCCUUUCAUCACUGCGGGAGCAAACUCGGAUAGUAACCCUCCCGAAGGUGAUGCUCAGGAUCUAUAUGAAUUGCGAGGCGUUCUGCUUCAUAGAGGAACCAGCGUUCAUCGAGGCCAUUAUGUGGCACAAGUAUAUCAAUACUCUGACCGGAGUUGGUACGAAUUUAACGACGAGGUUGUCUCGAGAUUGGAUACAGCGAGCCUCGAUCAGGGCUCGGGACAGGAAAGCCUGGCGUGUGCGGACGAUCGCAUCGACGUGGAACAGGAGGCGCACGCUCCGAAACGAGGCAAGCAACGCGGGAAGAAACCGAAGAAGAAUACAGCCAAAGAUGACGGCUCAGAGGAUGCUUACAUGCUCGUAUAUGCACGGAGGUCUAUGGAACCCCUAGGCUCCACCGAUGAACGGGAGCAUGGUAACGUUGACCUAUCUUCGGUUGGUUCACCACCGGAAGAUGCCCUAUCUAUCGUGCGACUCGCAAAUGAGAAGCAUCGGGUAGCAUGCGCAGAAUUCAUUGCACGCGAAAUCGAGGCGGCUCGUCGCUUCUCAGACCUACGCAGACAGGUCAUGGAGAUCUACGCACGCUGGCAGGUUCUGGAUGCCAAUCAGCGAUACGUCAUCACGAGUCAGAACGCACUGAAGCAAUGGUUACUGGGGCCAUUAGGUAUGCCUUCCAGUAGCGUAGCGUCUGCAGCUAAGAAUGGCUUAACGGAUGUGAGCAUCGGCACCGACCCUGUUUCAGUUCACGAGCUCAUCAUCGAAUUGCUGCAACCCGACCAGAAACUGGAUCCAAUCUCUGUGACGGAGCUGAUAUGUCCCCAUAAUCAAGUCGAACCUAAGAAGUCUGUACUAUUCAAGUGCAUCACCGAGGGCGCAUACGACAGUAUUCUCAGCAUGGAUGGCGGCUUUAAACCUCGAUUAGUGCCCAAGGACAUCUGCCGCCAGUGUGUAAUUGCAGAGUUCGAUGAACGCAUGUAUAGCAUUGAUCACAGAGAGGCCGUGACCCGGCUACACGCAGCCCCAAGCAUGGUCAAUGACCAAGGCUAUUGGAUAUCCAAGUCGUGGCUGAGAGAUUCAAGGAGCACAGACAGGCGUGCAACACGACGUCAAGCAGAAGAAGAGAAGAACAAGCUAUGCCAUACCUACAAUCACGCACUCAAUGGAGACGCUGCGCUGCUGGAAGAUGUCCCACUGGCCAUUGUACCCGCUUCGUUCGUUCGCCAAUGGAGGCAGUGGCUUGGUCGCCCGGACCGACCUCGACCGUGGUCGCUAGACAACUCGUCGUUCUUGUGCAAGCACGGAUUGCUGGCUAUAGAUCCCAAUAAUCCCCGCGAUCUGGAUCCUAGCAAAGUUUCGGUAAUCAAACGGAGCGACUGGGACAUGUUCCAUGACUUGUAUGGUGCUACACCGCUCAUUGAGAUCGAAAAUCAGCAGGUGGGCGAUGCGUACCGAGUCGUACACAAAAUUCCUGUUUGUGAAAGAUGCAUAGAAUCACGACGCUUGAAUUGGGUGCAGAUAGAAAUGACGAUUCGGCUCGCAUCGUCGCAUGGGGUUCAAAAAAACCUUGCUCCGACUCAAUCAGCCCCGAUUCUACAAACAGCAGGACCCAGAAAGUCCAAGCGUUUGAGGGACCGUGACGGCGGCGUCCGAACUACGCAGGUGAAAGUAACGAAAGACACGACAGUCAAGCAUCUUCGAAUGAGUAUUCAGGACCAACUAGGCAUUCCCACUAUCGCCCAACGACUUUACCUUCGUGGUCAGGAACUGAAGGAUAAUACCAAGACAGCAGCUGAGCUCGAGAUCUCCACCGACGACGUGCUGGAACUGCAGGAAAUCAGCGAAGAUUUUGAUGCCCUUGAUUCAGACAUCGAACACGAGUUCUCUAGCAACAAGAGGUCAAGAACCGAAGGUUUCGUCGGUACCAAGCUAGUCGGUCGCUCGUCACCAGAUGCUCCAAAGGAGAAAUCGAGUGCCCGAGAGAUGGGCAAUGUUCCAACGGCAAGCGAAAUUCAACCAGCCAGCACAGAUGAAGACUUGCACGAAUGUCCCAUCUGUGAGAAGUUGAUGGCGGUUUACAUUUCUCCAGGCGAUCUCGUAUGCUUGGAAUGUAAUCAUUCCAAGGCCUAA